AUGGCUACGGAGCAUAACCCCGACCACGUCAUGACGGAGGGUCAGAUCCCUGUCGGUGACGAAAUCCUCGAUGACCUUGGGGAAGAAUUCCUCGAGGACCUUACCGACGGCGCUCUGCCCGUUCUUCACGACGAGGCCGCGCACUCCGCUCCUGUCGGUGCUCAACCGUCCCCGUCGGGUGAACCGGCGGCGAAAAAGCUGUGUGGCGAAGGGCAGUCCUCGGCCGCUGGCCCCUCUGGGGUCGCUUCCGCGUCAAUUUCGGCUCCCCCGCCGAUUCCCCGUGCGAGCUCCUCCGGUAGCUCCGAUGCCACGGCUCCCGCGUCUGGCCGCGCGCCUGCUCCUUCCGCGCCUCGUCCGGCGCCGGCUUCUCGCUCUCGGCCCGUGCAGCCGGAACCCGAACCCGAUCACGCCGCCGCUGGUUUGGCCACUGGUCUCGCUCCUAACGCUCGCUAUCGGAACCUGCGUCGCCACCGAACGUCGGUCGGGGCGGUCCUGCACACGCUGACGCAGAACACGCAGUCAAUGGUGGACGUGAUUUACCCCGAGUCUUCUGCCGAGGAGGUUCGUGCUGCGGUGCUUGCGCGCAUCUCGUCUCUCAUCAACGGUCAGGCUUUUAACGGUGUAAUUCCCUCGUACGAAUCAGCCGCUGGUGCAGCUCUGCGGCUUCCCCGCCGUACCUACUCUCGGCACUCCUUUUCCUGGCUCUCCGCUAAUGAUGCGAGAAUUUUCCGUUCCCUGUUUCCGGUUACUGUUCGUCUGGCUAAUAACCGUGCGAUGGAAGUGAAGGUGUUCUCUGAUCCUAACCUGGAGUUCACGAUGGCCAGAGCUAGGGGUGACACUCAUAUGGUCCUCCGCAACGUGCCGCUGGGGUACUCUCCUGAACGCCUGCGCAACACUCUUCUGGCUGGCGUGACCGACGCUGGGCAGCCUUGGCUUUCGGAUAUCCGCCUGUUUCACCGCCUCAAAGACCCGUAUGAUGACCCUGCGUACUCCCAGCUGCUCGGUCUGCCUGUGGCAGUAGAAGGCGACGUCGGUUUCGAUCGUAUCCCUGCGGUUCUGUGGCUUCCGGGCCAGGAGGAUCCGGUGCUCCUCAACAUCUCGUCCCACUCUUGCUCCGUGUGCUCCAGUAACCACCGCGUGUCUGACCACGCCUGCUUCGCCCUCACCCGCCGGGCUCGUCUUCCCAACCGUCACACCAUCUCGGUGUCUCAGCUGCAAUCUGUCAACGGACGGCUGAUUGGCCAGCAGCCUGCCCCCGCAGCUUUCAAGAAAGAUCCAGGUCUUCUCCUCAUCGGAGUGGACCUGGAUGUCGAGGCAUGUGAGGGCUCCCCUCCGUUCUAA